UAUUUAUUUACCGAGAUCAAAUGAGAGUGUUGCGUGUCGAUGUCGAGCUUCAUGAAAAUUCCAUAGGCACCCAACCCAACUUCAUCUUCCUCACCGAUAAUCCUACUAUCUAGUUUCAUUUAUCCUUUCCCGGCAACUCCCGAACAGACGUACAGAUACAGUUCGCUUGUAUUUCAUGUAUGAUUUCUUCAGUUUCACUUAUUACCAACAUCGAAAUCAUAAUAUUUUUUCCUUCAAUUUUGUUUCAAAAGCGUUCCCCCUUUUCUCAAAUGGACUUCUUUUAAAUUUCUUGGUAAACCCUCCAGAAAACCAAAAAAGUUAAAGAAAAAAGAACCCCCUUUUUCUGAAUUUUCGAAUUUCUUUUUCUUUGGAACAUAAUUUUCUUCUUGACAAAGAAAAUAAAUUAUUCUAUAAUAUAACAUGGGCAAUAAUGGGAGUAGUGGAGUGAAUGGCCGGAGGAGGAAUUCGAGCAGUCGGAGCCACCCCUUGCCUCCGCCACCGAUGCGGGCUCAAACAGAGAUUACCCCCAACAGGUAUUUUUUCGCGGUGGCAACGCCGUACAGUAACACUCCCGCCUAUUACCAGUACCCUGGUAGCUACCCACUGCCGCCUCCGCCAACUACGCCGGUGCCUCUGCCUGUAGCUGACCAUCACCACACUCCUGCCCAGUCCAAUUGGGUUAGCGGGCGGUACGUGUGUCGGUACACUAUGCAGCCUCCGGUACUCCAUGUGCAGCACCAGAAGGCUGUAAUUAUUCGGAACGAUGUUAAUUUAAAAAAAGAGACUUUAAGGAUUGAGCCCGACGAAGUGAAUCCUGGAAAGUACCUAGUUGCAUUUACUUUGGACGCCACCAUGGCUGGAAGCAUUACUAUAGUUUUCUUUGCUAAGGAAGGUGAAGAUGGUUGCCUCACCCCAAUGAAAGAAAGCUUACUCCCUCCGGUGACAGUGCAGUUUCAAACAGGUUUGGCCCAGAAAUUUAGACAACCUUCUGGAACUGGGAUAGACCUUUCAAUGUUUGAGGAGAUAGAAUUGUCUAAAAAGGGUGACAUGGAUGUGUAUCCUUUAGCAGUUAAGGCGGAGGCAUCCUCAGAUAACCAAAAUGGAAACCUAGAGAGAGUAUCAAAAAACAUGCAGAUAACUCGGGCUGCUUUUGAGAUGGAGAAAGGUGAAUAUCAGGUUAGGGCAGCGAAGCAAGUAUUAUGGAUUAAUGGCAUGAGAUAUGAGUUACAAGAGAUCUAUGGUAUUGGAACUUCAGUUGAGGGUGACUUGGACGGAAAUGAUCCCGGAAAAGAAUGUGUUAUAUGCCUUUCGGAACCCUGUGACAUUACUGUCCUGCCCUGUCGACACAUGUGUAUGUGCAGUGGGUGUGCAAAGGUCUUGAGGUUCCAAACAAACAGGUGCCCCAUCUGCAGACAAUCAGUCGAGCGCCUUUUGGAGAUCAAGGUCAGCAAUGGGACUAAUGAAUGAAAGGAUCAGCUGCUCCUACCGUGCUGUGAAAUUUUUCUUCAUUCGUCUUUUUGUUUUUCGUUUUCUCAGUUUGAAAUGCCAUCAUGCCCAAGGUAUGAUUUGAUUGAACUAAGAUAUGCGGCAAGUUGAUUCCUUGUAAGUGCUCAGAGGCAUUUUCUGUAUCAUACUUUUAAGUUUUAACAAUCUCUAUACAUAAAAUCAAGCUUGUUAACCAUGUCCGAUUUGAUUUUCACAUUUGUUUA